CAGGAACAAAAGUGUUUGUUCCUACCCGAGCCACAAAAACAGUUGCGCCGUCAGUGAGGUUUUGCUAACAUAGCUCAUUUCAGUUUUGCCAAUGGACUGACAUCAGCCAGCACAGAUGCUGCUGAAGGAUCUGCCCAGAGACGCCCUGUUGCGGCCCUUGUCCAGGAAUGAAGUGAUUGGCAUGUUGGUGAGGUUGAGCAUCUUUGGUGCUGCCACGUACUACAGCAUCAAAUGGGUGGUGGAGGCGAUGGACCCCACCUCUAAGCAGAAAAGCCAGGCCAAAAAACGGGCAGAGGAGCUGAUGAGGAGAAUAGGCUUGGAGGGCAUCACACUGACUGAGUAUGAGAUGAACAUUGCAUCUCUCUUAGUCGAUCCCCAAACUAUCAAGGUGUCUUGGAGAGAUAUAGCUGGUCUGGAUGAGAUCAUUAAAGAGCUGCAGGACACCGUUAUACUACCGUUUCAGAAGAGACACCUUUUACCCAACUCUAAACUCUUCCAGCCUCCUAAAGGUGUUUUAUUGUUUGGUCCUCCGGGAUGUGGGAAGACCAUGAUUGCCAAGGCAACAGCCAAAGCCUCAGGCUGCAAGUUUAUCAACCUGCAGGCCUCCACGCUGACAGACAUGUGGUACGGGGAGUCGCAGAAACUGACCUCCGCCGUCUUCUCGCUGGCCAUCAAAAUCCAGCCUUGUAUUAUCUUUAUCGACGAGAUCGAGUCAUUUCUAAGGAACCGCUCCAGUCUGGACCACGAGGCCACAGCCAUGAUGAAGGCCCAGUUCAUGAGCCUGUGGGAUGGCCUUGACACUUCUUUAACCACCCAGGUGAUGGUGAUGGGAGCCACCAACAGGCCGCAGGAUGUAGAUCCAGCGAUCCUGCGAAGGAUGCCUGCCACGUUUCAUGUCGGCCUGCCGAAUGCAAAGCAGAGAGAAGACCUCCUCCGGCUGAUUUUAGCAGGAGAAAAUCUGAGCCACACCAUAAAUCUGAAGGAGAUUGCAGAGAAGACCGACGGGUACUCGGGCAGCGACCUCCGAGAGCUCUGCCGCGACGCCGCCAUGUACCGGGUCAGGGAUUUCGUCCGCAAGGAGCAGAUCAGGCAGAUCGCGCAGCAGCUGCAGAGCUACGAGGAGGAGGAAGGGCCCGUUGACGAGGAUCGGCUGCGGCCGGUGACGCAGCUGGACCUGCUCUUCGGCCUCGAUAAGAUGAAGGAAUCCAAGCAGGCCACUGCUGCUACUCUACCCAUCGUGGCAGAUGUUCCUCUGGACUGAGUGCCGUUGUUAGGAACACUCCACUCACCUUUCUAGUGGCUGCGCAUUCCAGCUCUGAACGCAGACCACAAGGAAGGUGCCUUUGGAAAGGCAAGAGACAAAAAUCCAGUUUUUCGGCUUGGUAGAAUCCUGCAGGCCAUGUUAAUCCAGUAGUGAGCAUUACCCCUCAUCUUCUCCACCCACCCGUACAUGUGACCAGGUACAAUAAAUGAGAACUGUGCAAUUCCAGCUGCUAGCUUAAUGCAUGAGAGAACUGUCAAUCUCCAUUUGUCUAGGAGCGCGUUUCGUGAUAAUUAAUAUUUCAUAGAAGGUCAAAUGCCAUUAAAUGCUCCGAGAGUUCAUCUGAAAAGGAGCAGCCGAUAAACAUGUGACCUUUUGGCACAGUGGCCUUUUGAAUCAGCCUUAUUUUUCUAAAUUGUCAGAUUGAGCGCAAAAGCACCUUGAAAAAAAUGAAUCGAGGAAGUACUAGUGUUUACAGAGCAGAUCUAAAAUUGGCUUCAUUUCCGAUUCUGAGCCCUUUAUCUCACCAAAUUGGAUGGAAAGUGUAGUGACUGAAUGUUUUUAAAGCUAAUCUUAACAUGGAGUUGGAUCCAUAUUUUCUGUUUGUGGAUUACAUAACACUUUAUUUUUUAAUUGUUUUCAAGAGUUACGUCUUUGUUUUUAUAUUGUAAAUCCAUACAUGUAGAGUCAAAUUUGAGAACCAGCAUUUGAGACGUACAACUUGUCCUCCUGAGGAGUUUUAUUCUAAAUAAAUACGUCGAAUAUUCA